AUGGGCAUUGAUUAUCCUCAGAUGGCAUACGGCACAGCACUUGGCUUCGCGAGUGUAGGCUCUAAUGGUGGACACAAUGGCACCUCGGCUAGCGCAUUGCUCAACCAACGUGAAGUCGUCAGCGACUUUGCCUGGCGUAGUGUCCAGCAAGCUACACUCGUGGCCAAGGCGGUCGUCAAACAAUACUACGAUCGCGAGGCAUUCAAGUCAUACCACAUAGGUUGCGCUACCGGCGCUCGUCAAGGGCUUCGCGUUGCCCAGGCCGAUCCCGAGCUCUUCGAUGGCAUCGUAGUUGGCGCCCCAGCUGUCAAUCUAGGCAACACCGUUAUGUGGUAUGGUGCUGUGCUAGAGGGCCUUUUUCAUGGGAACGCCUCGUAUCUCACAAAAGAAAAUUGGGACUUAGUGCACGAGGAGUUGCUCAGCCAGUGCGACGAUCUCGACGGCGUUACGGACGGCAUCAUCGAGGAUUCGCGUCGAUGCCAGUUCGAAUCGUUGCCGCUUAAUUGCUGGAUUGUCGAUCGCGAGAACUGCCUCACCACAUCUCAAGCCUUUGCUGUAGACCGAAUUUUCUCCCCGCUUGAGUUCGGCGUGAACUACUCCUAUCCAGGCGCGGCAUACGGAUCAGAAGUCGGUCUUGCUGAUGCAUUACUUAAAAGUGAGCCUCUUCUCACGCUAUUGGAGGAGUGGUACCACUACGUGUCUCCCGGUAACCUGUCGUGGCAACCUUCCGACUACGAUACCAAUGAUGCAAUUAGGUCGCUCACAGAAGCACCAGACGAAUUGCGACCUCUUAACGCCGACCUAAAAGCUUUUCGCGCUCGUGGCGGCAAGAUACUCCACUGGCACGGAUCCUCUGACCCACUCAUUUCCAUCCUCAAUUCCGACCACUACUAUGACUCUGUUGUCAACACUACCGGCGACGAGGAUGCUUCUACCAUCGAUGAUUUCUACCGCUACUUCCGACUCUCGGGUACGGGACACUGUGAUGGUCGUGGUCCGGGUGCCGACUAUGUCGGUCAGGACGACAGAGGUCAACCCGACAAGAUGAAGCCGGAGGAGAACGUGCUACUAGCGUUGGCGGGGUGGGUGGAACAUGGGGAAGCGCCUGAGAUGCUCAGGGGUGUCAAGUGGGUGGACGAUGACCCUGACAAGGGUGUCGAGUUGGCGAGAAGGCACUGCAGAUAUCCCUAUGCGAAUCGGUAUCAGGGUAGUGGUGAUGGAAAAGAUGAGGACGGGUGGGUGUGUGAGGAGCUGUAG